UUUUUUUUCUUUUCUUUCCCUCCUCUCUCUCUCUCUCUCUCUCUUUUGUCAACUUAUUUCUUUAUCUCUCUCCUCAGUGCUCUUCAUCAACUGGAGAAAGCAAAUCAAGAGAGGAAGGAAGCAAGAAAGAAAGAGAUGUGUCCGUUAAGGCUGAUCCUCAUAUUCUUGUCUGCGACUCUUGCUGGCUUCUUUGUCCUCAAGAAGCUCAACACUUCCUACGAUGAUCCUCUCGCCGACCCUCUCACCGACACUGAUCCUACCGACGCCGACGCCGACUCCGACUCCAGAUUCUCAAAGGUGGGAAUGGCAAUCAAGUCUGGAUUUUGGACAUGCGUUGACAUGGCUAGUGGCCGCUAUCUCUGGAACCAUCUCUCUUCCAAUUCCGACACCUCUUCCUGACUUUUCUUACUCUCUCUCUCUUUCUCUCUUCAUUUUCUGUAACUGUCUUAACUUUUCCAAUUGACAACACCAAAAUCGCAUAUUGUAUAAUCUGUACUAUAUAUUACAGAUCUCGUCUUCACCAUCUAAUCUUUAAUAAAGUCGAGUCCUUUUCUCUGUU